GGUAUUUCUAUGAAAGACGUGAUAAUCGUUGUUAGACGUACGUGAUAGCAUCAAAUACUACAUUGACAAGGUUUUACUUUAAAAAGUUGAAGAAUGAUGGCAAUCGUAGACUAUAUAUGGAAUUUUUGGAAAAAUCUUCGAAGUGACGACGACUUCUUUGACCGGCUCAGUCACCGCUGGACGGCGCUUACUCUUCUGAUAUUUGCGUUAGUUGUCGCCGGCGAAGAGAGCAUCAUGAAGAACGCCAUCAUCUGCUGGGUGCCUGGAGAGUUCGAAGAUUCUCAUAAGAAUUAUGUGGACAAUUAUUGUUGGAUUCAAAACACGUAUUAUAUUCCGUUUAAUGAGCGUAUACCUGACUCGAGUCUGCCACGCCAGCACGUGAGUUAUUACCAAUGGGUCCCGAUUUUUCUUCUCAUUCAGGCUCUCUUGUUCCAUCUUCCAAGUGUAUUUUGGCGAUCGUUGGCACCUCGGACGGGGAUUGACGUUCACCUGAUUGUUACCUCCAUGAAUGGGCUGCACUCGGUUGAUCAGGAGGAGAGAAAGGCAGUUACAGCGUCCACCGCGGAGCACCUGUCACGAUACUUUCGAAUUAACCAGCGCAGACUGGACACUGCUCGUAAUAAGUUUUUUGCAAAGAAAUGGUGCGCAUGUUUCUGUGAUAGGCAUAGUAAUUAUAUCACCAGGGUCUAUUUUUUCAUUAAGUUUCUGUACGCUGUCAAUGCGAUCGGUCAAUUCUUUUUGCUGAAUGCCUUUCUUGGAAGCGCGUACCACCUCUACGGGUUUGACGUCAUCUCUGACCUCACCAAGAACUUGGACUGGACAUCGUCCGGAAGAUUUCCUAGGGUCACUUUAUGCGACUUAAAUAUUCGUCGACUCGGUGGGAACAUUCAUCGGUACACUGUUCAAUGUCUAUUGCCCAUCAAUUUAUUCAACGAAAAAAUUUACAUCUUCAUCUGGUUUUUGUUGGUAUUCGUAUCAGCCGCUACAGUGUUUGGUUUCAUGGUUUGGGCAAACCUGCUUUUCAAAAGUGAUCGCAUGCAAUUCGUCAAAAAACAGUUAGAAUUGACAGGAACACUAAACGAAGGCGAUGCCGAAAAUCUGAAACAAUUUAUUGAUAAGUAUCUUCGCUUAGAUGGCGUGUUUGUGUUAAAACUAAUUAGUCGGAACACUAACAGUUUUGCUGUCACAGACUUGACCAAAGCACUGUGGGAGAAAUUCAAAUUGGAAAAAACUAUUAAGAGAACAUAAUAUGACCUUCUUAAAGCAUAAAAUAGACAAUGUUAUUCCAUUUAUACAUCAUUAUCUUAUCGCAAAUUCCGUUUUUCAGUUAAUCAGUAAUCAAUAAUAAAAAACUAAA